CCAGGCAGAUGCCAAUUCUCCGACGGGGGAGUGCUAUACUUAUAUGCAGAAGACUGCGCCUCGUUACCUUUAGAUCUUCUCUCUCCUCUUUAGACACUGCAACAAUUUCGUUCUCACUAUCUCACAACUUCCUUCUGUGGCUUGGCUUUGGUCCUCUUACACGCAACUCAGACGACAAUACAUAGGUACCUCACACAAGGUUGCCUUGAAGCUAUGGAGACAGACACAAAGCCCACGUCUGGGAGUGACGUCGAGCGAGGGAGCACGUACACGGGCACCGUCCUCCCAGAGACCAAGGAAGUCGUCGAUGGAGCGUCACAGAGCAAGCAUCCUAGAGAUGGCGUGGCGGCAUGGCGCUGGCCAUGCAUACAGUCUGCCUUCUUCCUUGGAGGCAUGCUGCUUGGAUACGAUGUCAGUAACAUUGCGAACAUCCAACCCCCGAUCUACGAAGCCUUCGGCCAGGUUCAUCUUCUGCCGUGGGUUGCGACGGGUUACACGGCAACUCAAGUCUGCAUGGUUCCUCUCGUCCGCAAGCUGGCGCUAUUGGGACACGUGAAGUUGCAAAUAGUCGCCUACACCUUGAUCUUUCUCAUCGGUGCGGCAGUGUCUGGUUCCGCCACAAGCAUGAACUCCGUCAUCAUCGGUCGCGCGGUUUCAGGAGUCGGAGGCGCUGGAAUCUACCAGCUCUGUAUCUUGGUUAAUGUUCUUCUCACGACCCCAGCUGAACUACCUCGCGUCCAGGGUAUCAUGGCCGUCUCCUGGGCAAUUGGACUGACACUGGGCCCUGUUAUCGGAGGAGCCUUUGCCGAGAACCAAAGUGCCACUUGGAGGUGGGCUAUGUAUCUCAACCUACCCAUCCUGGCUCUCAUUGCUGUCCUGAAUUUCGUGGCUCUGCCUCCCAUCGAGGUCGGCGUCAACACACCCCUCGUCGGUGGUCUCCUCGCCAUCGACUGGUUCGGUAUCGUCUUGCACAUGGCCGGGUUCAUCCUCUUGUGCUCCGCCCUCAUCUUCAGCGGUUCCACUUGGGAGUGGUCAUCUCACUCAGCGAUCGUGGCCUGGGUCUUUGUGGGUGUAAUCUACGCCGUCUAUCUUGCGCAGCAAUACUUCUGUCUCUUCACCAGCAAGCAACACCGAGCGAUCCCCGCCGACCUCCUCAAGAGCCGAACCGUCGCCCUCGUCGGCCUUGCAACAAUGGGUGCCGGCAGCUGUUACGGAAUCGCCUUGUACUACACACCAUUGUUCUUCGCCUUCACAAAGGGAGUUGAGCCAGUCGAUGCUGCCGUCCGCAUACUGCCCUUCAUCUUCACCUUCAUCGUCUUCACAAUCGUCAUGGCCGGCCUCAUCCCAGUCAUCGGUCGAUAUGCCCCCUUUUACGUGGCAGGUGGUGCCUUGGCAAUGAUCGGCGCCGGCCUCCAAUCUCAGAUCACACCUCAGACCUCCGAGGCCCGGGUGAUGGGAGUCAGCACUCUCAUUGGUGCCGGAACCGGAUGCAUGUGGCAGACCGGGGUAGCCAUCAUGGCACAGGCCGUACCUGCGAACCGUCGUCUCGAUGUCACCGCGCUCUUCAUCAUGGUUCAGCUUGGCGGUAUCUCAGUCACUCUUGCCCUGGCAGGUUGCGUCUUUUCGAAUCUCGGCUUCAAUCGUCUCCACGCGUCGCUUUCUGGGCUCGGAUAUAACGAUCAUGAUAUUAGGGAAGCACUGGCUGGUCUCGACUCUAAGAUUUGGACGGCUGCGGAUCGUCGGGUGGUUGCGGUUGCCGUUCAAGAUGUCGCGAGUGUGAUUGCCGAUAUGCAAUUCGUAAUUGUGGCGGCGGGAGCUAUUGCAUUUCUCAGUGGCUGUUUCAUGAAGUGGGAGAAGCUGGACUUUGGGAGAGUAAAGGCGGCUAAGUGAAGUUGUGAUAGUGCUUACCUUUGAGGCUCGACCUGAUGAAUCAAUG